AAACGGUUGUUAGAAACAGUUAAAUCGACAUUUGCUGCACACCUUGCCGAUGCUGCUCCAGCUCGCCAUCCUCGCCUUCCUGGCGUCUCCCUCAGCCGCGACGACACCUAGCGAUGUUGUCCACGUGAUCAACCUACAUCCAGAGUCCCCACUCUCGUCACAGAGCGUUCAGUACGGCGUCCCCCAGCUCUUCCGUGUCACGGAGCUACAACCCGCCACAGUCUACGACAUCAAAGUGUCGUAUCCAGCCACGCAGCCAUCAAUCUUCGCGCUGCAGAUAGAGCGGGUACUGCUGCCGUUGCCUGUAGCUGGCACCGACAACUUCGACGCUAACAACGCAAAUAUUGCAUCAAAUAUCAAGAAAAAUACGCCGAUGCCCCCUCGUCGAAGAAUUUUAAAUACAGCCAAGCUUCGCCUGCAUCCGGCGGAAAUGGAGACGCACGAGUCGGUGCGGUAUCGUCUGGAGCCAUCCGGGACAGCAACUGAAGUGGAAUUUUCACUUCUGGCCGAAGUUGAAGGCGUGCAACGUCCAGAUUCCACGUUAGAAAUGAAGGUAUGUGUGUUCGAUAUUGUGGUGGAAGAGAUGCUGUUCGAAGCUUUCCCGAAAGAUACGUUGGUGCUGAUCGGAUGGCUGCUGAUGCUACUAUUUGCAAGCUGGAAAUGGGCACUGCCAUAUUUGGAGAAGAAGAUCGCUCUUGGGUUUGAAGAGGAUAGAGUCGGAUUAGAGGAUUCAAAGGAGUCGUAGUUGAAUCCCGUAAGGUACUACGUACAUGUAGUGCAGACUGUAAUCAACAAGGAACGGAAAAUCGAAGAGUUUCUUAUUUCCUAAACAAGCGUAUUAAAGUCCCUUGU